UUCACUUACUCUUUGAAUCAACAAUCCGGCAGGGGAAAGUGGAAGAAGGAGAUGGAGAAAGAAGGAGAAAAUCACAGAGAAGAAGACCAAAACAAGAGGAAAACACCAAUAGUAAUAGGAAUCCCAUCAUAUAAAGAAGUAAUAGAAAGCUCUCAAAUAAAAUCAACCCCACCUUCUCUUUUCACUCCUUCUCAAUCGUUUUCCCAAGCCUUCAAUUUCAUUAAAUCCUCUGAGUUUUACUCUCCUCCUCCGGCUCCUCCUGCCCCCAGCAGCUCCGCCGUUUCCACCCCAAGACCAGUUGGUGAAGCCAAUGUGCCUUCUUCUUCUGCUGCUGCUGCCGCCUCUGCCUCAGCUUUCCCUGCUGCUGCUUCAUCAUCAUCGAAUUCUGCUCAGAGUCGCAAUGCUAUCCUCGUUAGCCAUAGGCAGAAGGGUAAUCCCUUGCUCAAACAUAUCAGGAAUGUGAGAUGGGCUUUCGCGGAUAUUGUUUGUGACUACAUGCUUGGUCAGAACUCAUGUGCUCUCUAUUUAAGUCUUCGAUAUCAUUUGCUGCAUCCGGACUAUCUAUACUACCGUAUCAGGGAACUACAGAAAAACUUCAAGCUUCGUGUUGUGUUGUGUCAUGUUGAUGUGGAGGAUGUUGUUAAGCCUUUGCUCGAAGUUACUAAAACAGCUCUGCUUCAUGAUUGUACUCUCUUAUGUGGUUGGAGCUUGGAGGAAUGUGGUCGCUACUUGGAGACCAUAAAAGUAUAUGAAAACAAACCUGCAGACCUCAUUCAAGGCCAAAUGGAUACAGACUAUUUAUCGAGGCUAAAUCAUGCUCUUACAACCAUUCGACAUGUUAACAAGACUGAUGUGGUCACUCUUGGUUCUACAUUCGGGACUCUGUCUAGUAUCAUGGAUGCAUCAAUGGAAGAUCUGGCUCGAUGUCCUGGCAUAGGAGAGCGGAAGGUAAAACGCUUGUAUGACACUUUUCAUGAACCAUUCAGGCGUGUAAUCUCCAGCAACCCUCCUGUUCCAGAAACUCCAGUCCCCAAAGAUGCUGAACCAUGCUCAGCAAGUGAAGUCACAGAAGCAGAGAAGGAUACUGAAGAUACUAGCAAGCGUAGGAAAAAGGAACCUGAAAUGAAUGUUAAAUUAGCUCUGACUGCUGCUUUUGCCAGGUAUGCUGGUAAAAUUAGUAAAAAGAACACUAAAUCAGAGGGUAAGGAGGGAGGAGGAACCAGUGCUGCUGCAGAACCAGUAGCUGCAACUAAGAAUUCGAAGGAAGGGGUUGAAACUUGAACUCCCAUUUGCUACUUAAACCAAUCUCUGACUUGCAAGCCUGGAGAGGUGCAAACGCUUGAUGAUUGUUGAGCUUCUAUCAGAUAGGUACUUUGCCGGAUGUGGAGAAGCUGAAGUUUAUAUUGCUUACAAAUCCUGAAUUUUUUGUAAUCUUUUGCAGAGGUUAGAAAUUCAGCCGGUUAAGAGUGUAAAUUUGUAGCAUGUCUAUAUUGUUUUGAAACAGGAUGUAAUUUUCAUCUGUUGACCUUUGUUCUCAAGUAAUGAAGAGUUUCAGAAUGAAAGGCA